GAUUGAUUCUUACUGCUCACACAAGCUCGGCGCUUCAACAAGACAAACUCAGAAACACCUAAAAUCCUUAAUAAUGAUCUUCAGCUCAUGUGUUUUCACUGUGUUGUUCAUCAGUGUGAAGGUGACUGGUGACUGGCACGAGAUCAAAACUGUGAUGGAGGGAAACGUUCUUAAUCUACCAACAAGAAAUACUGAAACUGAGAGUCUUGAAGACGUGAUGUGGCUGUUUGAAAGAGGUGACCGAACUUUCCGUAUUGCGCAGAUGUAUCGAGGAUUUUCACCCUUUUAUGAUGAGAGUCUAACAGACAGAGUGCAGAUGGAUCAACAGACAGGAUCUUUGAGCAUCUUUAACAUCAGCACCAGUGAAUCUGGACUCUACACAGCAUCACUCACCAUUAAUGGAUUCGUCACCAGGAAGAAGAUCAAAGUUGAUGUUUAUGCAUCAGUUUCUGUACCUGCUAUCAGCAACUCAUUUGCUACGGCCAACCAAACUCAAGGUACAUCACAGGAGAUGCAUGAAUUCUGCUCAGUUGUCUGCUCUGUGAAAAAUGAUCGAGACGUCUUCAUCUCAUGGUAUAAAGGAGAUGAAAUAGUGAAUCACGGCAGUAGUUCUGAUCUCAGCAUUAAUCUCAGUUUACCUUUAAAACUUCAUUAUAAUGAGACAGAAUCAUACAGCUGCACGGCUGCAAAUCCAGUGAGCAAUAAAAGCAUCCGUCUACACACGAAACACCUCUGUCCACAUUAUGAAGGUAAAAUAACACAGACGAACAUCAGGAAGUCUCUUCCUACCACAACCACAUCUGUGCCACUUCACACAGACAAAACAUUUACUGAGAAUGAUUCUAGCAGAAUCUCUUCGUCUACAGACUGUCUGCAGCAUUGUGGAGAUGUUGAGGUUCUGAUCCGCUUGAUUCUGUCUGCUCUGGUGGGAUUUGCUACUAUUGUGUUUCUGCUUGAACACAUGUGUUUCUGGUCUGUUCAGGGAAGACUUUAAGAGUUUAGACAAAUGAGACGGGCAGAGACAGAAAAAAGAAACCUCUUCAAGACCACAUGCUUUGUUUGUAAUGAUCAAAAAGCGGAUCAAAUUAAGUCAUUUUAUUUACUUUAGGUAUAGCGAUUUCACCAAAGUCACAUGAAGCCGAAGUGCAACUUCAGAUUUUCUGUCUUUUUAUUGUUGUGUAACAAUCACAUUCUGGGCUGCCAAUGGAAAGUGUUCCCAUACUCAGCUUGUUGACUUGUCAGUGUUAACUGCAUUGAAUCAACAUCACUUUUUCAACCGCAAUUAAUGUUGAAAAAAUUGUGUUUUUCAGUAUUCGCUUUAGUUAGGUUCUUGAUUCUUGUGUUUUAACAUUAGGUUUUAUUGUCUGUGAUGAUAGUGUGCUACAAUACAAUUGUUGAGGCAAAGAAGAUCCAUUUCAAUGAAGAUCCAUUGGGAUCAGGUGAUAAUGAUUGUAGUCUUUGUGCAGUUGCCUAGAUAUAUUUGCUCAUGAGUGCAUCGUGUUAUUCAUUUAUGAGAAUUGUCUGAUGCUACAGUGUGAGAUUAAAGCAGUGGUAUGGCUUAUUAUACUUCUUUGAAUUGUCAGAAAAUACACACGUACAAAAAAAGGUAAUCAGUGAAUCAAUCAGACAUCAAGUAUCAGUGUAUGAAACUCCGCAAUAGUGACAAUCAACAAAAGUAAGCUUCAUGCUGCAAAGCAUACUGGGUAACAUCACAGUACAAAACUCCUUCAUGACUCCCAGUAUGCAUUGCAGUUCAUCUGUUUAUCUUAAUUAGUUUGAUGAUUGUUACCAUUGUUGAGGUUUGUAUGAUGAGUGUUGAUGUCAAGAAAAAAUUGGUUUUAAACUCGGUUUAAUUUGGCACAGUAUCUUAGAGUUGUGAACCAGAACACUCAAAUCAGUUAUCAACUUCAUUUAGUAUUAGUUAUCCUUUUUACAGCUUGACACCCAUCACAAAAAGUAACCUACUCAAAGAGGAAAGGGCAUUAACUUAAUGAAAGUCAAGAGUCCUUACAGUAUCUCACAGAAGUGAGAACACCCCUCACAUUUUAGUAAAUAUUUUAUUACAUAUUUUCAUGUGACAACAAUUAAUUUAAAGUAGUGAGUGUACAGCUUGUAUAUUUGCUGUCCCCUCAAAGUAACUCAACACACAGCCAUUAAUGUCUAAACUGCUGCAAACAAAAGUGAGUACACCCCUAAGUGCAAAUGUCCAAAUUGGGCCCAAAGUGUCAAUAUUUUGUGUGGACACCGAUAUUGUCCAGCACUGCCUUAACCCUCUUGGGCAUGAAGUUCACCAGAGCUUCACAGGUGUCACUGGAGUCCUCUUCCACACGUUGGUGGAUGCUAGAGACCUUGGGCCCAAUUUGGACAUUUUCACUUAGGGGUGUACUCACUUUUGUUGCCAGUGGCUGUGUGUUGAGUUACUUUGAGGGGACAGCAAAUAUACACUGUUAUACAAGCUGUACACUCACUACUUUAUAUUGUAGCAAAGUGUCAUUUCUUCAGUGUUGUCACAUGAAAAGAUAUUAUAAAAUACUUACAAAAAUGUGAGAGGUUUACUUACUUCUGUAAGAUACUGUAUGCUUCAUCAAUAGUUUUUGUUUGGAAAGAGAAAAAAAUAAUCGGACUCGGUCGAGACCAACUAGAACAUUUGGCGAGUCCAAUGACCAAGUCCAAGUGAAGAUACCAACGAGUCCAAGACAAGUAAGAGACUAUAGAAAAAUGUCUCGAGUACGGACUCAAGUACUACAGCAAUGCAUUAUGGAUAUACAGUAUAUUAUUCUGUGUGAGCAAUGUUGUUUUUCUUGGUUUUGGUUUUCUUGUCCAGCUGCUUUGCAAAUUGUAAAAAGCGCUUCAUAAAUAAAACUGACUUGAAUUGA